AUGGCCGUCCCAGACUGGGUACUUUUCGUCGCGGGCCUAGUUGCCUAUCAGCUUGCGAACCGGUGCGCACAUCAGAUAGUCAAACGAGCAAACCCAAACUUCUACAAGACGUUGCAGACGGACAAGCAUCGCAAAUUGGCUCCUUAUUUUGUCUUCCCGCUAGGUUUUCUCUUGACAUUGAUCACAACAACCAUCUGUAUCGCCGCAUACAAUGACACAACCUCCGCCACCGAGAUAUUCGGGCUCGACCGCCCCUUCACCGCCAAUGGCAAGGUUUGCCUCGCCUCUCGAGCCAUCCUCUGGACCUCCGAGCUGCCACUUCUCAGCUACUCCCCUGAAUACGUCACCCAUCAUGUCCUCUCGCUCUCAUCCCUCGGUCUCUUUCUCAUUGGCCGGGGCCCAAGAAGACCUCUCUAUCUAAUCUACGCCGGCCUGGCGACGGAGCUGUUCUACGAUACUGCCGUGUUGAUGCGAUUCCACGGCCGCACGACGUCAAACUCACCAUUGCUCCGAAAGAUCCUCCUCGCGAAUGUAAUUUCGAUGGUAUUACUCAGACUUCUUCCAAUCAUAGCACACAGCAUGGCAAUGCCGGAAACACGAGCAGACUACCUCGGCGGAAUCGCAUCUUAUUGCAUUCAUAUAUGCCGUUUAAGCUUUGUCCAGCUGGGGUCCCUAGGAUACAUCAACGCCACGGCAGGCAGAAAAUCUAGGCUGGCUCCCACGGAUACCGCGGACAACGUGUUCGAGAAACCAAGAAGUUGGGUCGGGAGCUUAAUACAACGUCCCAUGGCCUUGGUUGUCGGUGCCGCCAUUGUUGUUACGGCGCUGACCUUGAAAGAGUUGGAUUUCGUCAGCUCAUCGUCGUAG